CAAGGUAAUAACCUGCUUUACACACCGUAAACCACACAGGCAUCGUCACGCACCGGCCUGCAGGGAUCACCGCAUCUCGACGAGGGAAAAAAUAAGACGAGAAUUCUCAUUUUUGCUUUUGACGCGAGCAUAUUUUUCAUCCUGGGACGUUAAGGUAAUGUUUUUCUCCAUCCCGCAUGCCUGCUGGAAGAGGAUGUCAUUAUCUUCACGUCGUUGUCUCUGAUCAAGGUGAGGAAUGGAUAAUAUGCGGCGAUUUCAGCGGAGAAUAACAUGAUCACCUGCGUAUUUUACCCUUAAAAUGACAUUCCGCAUCCACCCGAGCCUUUGUUUGAAAUAAUAAUGACCUUAUUCCUUUCUAUAUCACCAUAAUGUUCUUUUAUUACAAUAACUGCAGACAGGCAGGUCAAAUGAACUAACGCGCAAACGCGCUCUUUGUUUGGUUGCGGGCGCGCGCUCAAUCAGUCAAUCAAUCAAUCCAUCCAUCGCCUUAUUUGCGCUUUCACGCGCGUGGAAUGCGUCGAGUCUAACGAAGCAUCUUCGAGGAGAGCAAUGGAGCCUUUCCUGCAGAUCGCGCCGCACUCUCUGGCCAUCGUGCUGUCGCGCGUCGUGGCGGAGGACGCGCCCGGAGUGACGGAGAGCGAGCAGCCGCCACAACAUCACACCGGCUACGAGAUAUUCGCCGACUUCAAAUCCCUAAACAUGAAAUAUUUCUGGAAUAAGAUGGUGGCCGAUGCCAUAGCUGAGACCUUCUUCCUGGGCUGGAUAGACGAGCAUGUGUUGCUGAUCCAGGGCAAGGAGGAUCACCUGGAGGUGUUGAGGGAGGCUUGGAUGAGGAGGUCCCUCAAACCACCGCAGGGCUUCGACAUCAAAUACCUCGGUGAUGUGUCUCCCAUCAGUAUGUCUCCCAUCAGCCAAUCCCAGUUCAUCCCACUGGGAGAAAUCCUGUGCCUGGCCAUUUCUGCCAUGAACUCCGCUCGUAAGACUGUCACACAAGAGACUCUCAUCGAACACCUAGCAACAUGCUUCCCAGGCGUCCCCACUCCAAGUAUGGAAAUCCUGCGGCAUACGCUCAACAUGCUGGUCCGAGAGCGGAAGAUCUACCCCACCCCAGAGGGUUAUUUCAUUGUUACCCAGCAGACAUACUUCAUCACCCCUUCCCUCAUUAGGACUAACAGCAAGUGGUACCACCUUGACGAGAGGAUACCAGAACGCAUGCAGCAGCAGCAGCCGUGUACUUCUCCUCACUCGAGUACCAUGACACCCUCCACUUCGGGAUGUGUCCGGGAAAGACCUCACCCCAAGAACCACAGUGACUCCUACAACAGCUACCGGGAGGACAUCCCUAGUACGCAUACCUUAACCUUACAGAGAAGGUCUAAGGAGCAUAAAGAGUCUUCUCCUGUGUCUCCGACCCCUCAGCAGCAGCCAACAGAGAAGAGUAAGAGUUCGCUUAGUUUUCCAUUUAAAACCGAGACAAACAGUAAAAACAAAGACGGAAGCAGCAGCAGCGGGGAAAAGCAGUCUAAGAAGUUCGGCCUAAAGCUUUUCAGGUUGAGCUUCAAGAAGGACAAGACGAAACAUCUAGCCACAUUUUCAGCCCAGUUUCCACCUGAGGAGUGGCCACUGCGGGACGAGGAGACACCGAGCACUGUUCCUAGAGAGGUAGAGAUGGAGAUCAUCCGUCGGAUCAACCCAGAUCUCACGGUGGAGAACCUUGCUCGUCACACAGCUGUAAUGAAGCGGUUGGAGGAGGAGAAGGCGCAGCGGAACAAAGCCAACUCCUCGGCUCAGCAGAGUGCCCGCAGCAAGAGGAGCCGCAGCCAUCGAAAGGCCCAGCAGGGCAAGGCAUCACGUUCCCAUAGCAAAACACGUGCAUCCAGGGGGGAUCCAUCUGAAGGAUCCAAUCUGGACAUAACCUAUGAUCGGGAUUACAGAUUCUACAGCUCCUCAUUGGUACGUUCACCACGCGAAACCAUGAUGUCCAUGGAGCGGAAUAGGGGGAAGUAUAUGGUUCACAGCAACCCCAAUAUUGUGGAGUCUCAUUUUACCACCGCUCCAGAGUGGGAUGUUUCUGGGGAACUGGCAAAGCGGCGGACAGAAAUGCCAUUCCCAGAACCAUCUAGGGCACAGUCACAUUCCAAAGUCCACCGAAGUCAUAGUCAUACGCAAGAGAGAAAGUCACGGAAUGAGAGGUCGGACAAGGCCAAAGAAAGGUCACGUUCCAUGGACAACUCCAAGGGACCACUAGGUGGUCCAUACUUGGGAGGCCCAGAGAACUUUGAGUGCAGUCCCGAUGACAGGAGUCGGUACUACACUGAUGACGGUACUUUGAGGGCAUCUGCACAGGCGACCCACUAUUCCCGCAUCAUGCUCUCUGCUGCUAGAUUACACCCUGACGUUUGUGUGCCUGAUGUUGGAAGAGGAUCCUCAGAGGAUGCUGUGCUUUACCGGACGCUGGAGAAGAGUAAAAGUAGGGAUAGUCUUCCUGCUUUCAAUGACUUGAAGUCUUGCUCUCCCAAAACACCGGUAGAUGACUACUUCCAGUGCACUGCAGCAAAUGAAGUCUCUCUGUCUGCCCCACCUUCUCUUGCAAAACCCAGCCAUGACUUUACAGAUAGUGUCUGGCAGGGGAUCUCCUCGGAGCGACUGACCCCUCAUCUUACGCCACCUCACCCUACAGAAUAUAAAGAGGAGUCAGCAAAGGGACAAAGUAGCAUUUCUAUAGGGUCAACGAGCCAAACCCCCGAGCAUCUCCCCAAUGGACGACUGUUGCACCAACACAAUCCCGACUCAGGUGACUUGGACAAAAUGCCAGAGGUUUACAGCCAAGAGACUUUGUUCAAACCUCCAGACUAUGUUGAGAACAGCUUCUCAAGGCCAGGUACGAUAGGUAGGUCCCCUCACACCAAGUCGACAGAGGUCCUGGAGACUCAGGAGCAUUUUGAUAAACCUCUACCACUGACCGUGCCACCAUCCUCGGCUCAGGAGCAAGCUUCAUGCGCAGAAACCACCUUCGACUAUUAUAAUGUGUCGGAUGAUGACUCUGAAGAGACUAGUCAUAAGAACCGGGUGGAAGAGAAAGUUCGAGAAGAGGGAGGGACAAUGCAAUGGCUGCUGGAACGGGAGAAAGAGCGGGAUUUGCAACGGAAGUUUGAGAAGAACCUUACCUUUCUAAGUCCCAAGGAAGGUGAGAGCAACAACAGCCAAAAAUCAGUCCAUUCUACCCGAUUGGACAGUAUGGACUCCAGCAGUGUGACUGUGGACAGUGGAUUUAAUUCCCCACGCACGCGGGAAAGCCUUGCUUCGAACACCUCGAGUAAUGUGGAAAAUAGCAGGCGACAGAAUAUGGCUUUGAGUCCAGGACACAUUGGCACCAAAAGACCCCCGCCGCCCUACCAGCCCCCCAGCUUCCGCACCAUCCGUGAGCCGCCCGCCAACCGCACGGAGAAGCAGGCCUCCAUCACCAGCGUGUAGUGAUGGGGACGGCCGCCAAGCGCUCGUGUGACGCCUGUUCCUGCGCUUUUCUAAUGUAGACGUGUUUCAAUUCAUCACCAUUCACUGGAGGUGUCUUUUACUAUUUGGGAUAUUUGUAACAAAUACUGCUGCAGACAAACAAGUCACUUCAUUAGGACUAAAUUUACGCCGAUCUCUUUGGGAUGAAAUCCUCGAUCAAACUCAUUUGUAGGUGUCCUUUAUAGCUUCAUGCAUCCUCUACGGGUCUUAACUGUCUUCUGAUCCAAACUUGGCUGCGUUGCCUCUGCCUGUUCAUCCAUCGCUCUGUCUGGUGUGUCCCUCUGUACGCUCAGGUCCCUCUGAACUCUACUGACUUUGGCCGAAAUUUGAAGGCCACGAUAAUCUCCCUGGAAAUCAUGUUUCUGCUGGAAUCGUUCUAGCGCAUCCUUGUGUAUCGUCCUGCGUCCUGGGAUCUCUCUGGGACAUUUAUGUAGAAUCGGAACGAAACAUACCACCGCUAAUGCAUUAUUUGUUUAUAAAAAAAAAAAAUACCAAUUUAAAUAUUACUGGUGCUUUCUCAUUGAAUGGAGCAUUAUAUUAUUUAAAAAAGAAAAAGAAAACAUUUUGGAAUCAUUUUUCUUUUUCUUAUCUCCAGAGUUACUCUUUUAACCAGGUGCUCAAUUCGUAGAUGACACAGAAUACACACAUUGCUACCUCCACUAUUUGUACAGCUGUAGAGGGAGACAUGAGAGACGUCCACCCCACCUUACGCCCGCUGUAUUAGACCAACCACUAUCAGCUUGCAAACUGUGAAUGUACUGCUAGUGCUUUUCAAUCACAUCUCCAUCAUCAAGCGUUAGGAACCUACUGUUCUCAAACUAAUAGAGCCAAAUCUCAUCGUAAUAGAAAGGAGACUUGUGUAGAGUUUGGAAUCAUAUAGGACCCAUAUAGAGUGGAUCAUUUAGAACUUCAUAUCUCUGAAAUGUCCUGCCAUGUUCAGUUAUUUAUUGUUAUUAUGAUUAUUGUUAUGAUUACAAUGUUAUGAUUUUUCUUCAGUUAUUUUAGUGCACAAAUUCAUGGUAAGCAUUUAGAACAAUAUUUCAAUGCUUUUUGAGAUGUGGGGCAAAACGUAAUUAUUAUUUUAUUUAUUUAUUUAUGGGGGGGGUGACUGCAUUGUUUUUAACACUUUUAAAAUAUGAAAAUAGAAAAUGGGUUAUUUUAAAUAUUAAUAAUGUUUCAGUUUUUUAUAUUACAUUAGUUUAUAUAUACAUCAACUUGUUCCCUUUCUAUAAUUUGCCACCUCUAUCAUAUAGAUCGCAAAAAAAAUUAAAAAAAUUUGGAUCCUGUUACUAUUACCAACACUAGAAAACUAAAGUGGCUACAGCAAAUUAAUACAUAUAUGGUUAUGAUAGUGUGAUAUUUUCUUCAUUCUUAAGGUUGAAUGCUCAAUUUCUCAGUAUUUAUGAUAAAUAUUUGACAUCAGUCAGCUCAUUUUUAUAAAUAUUGACAAGUCUAGUCACGUGACCAUACACAAUUUGUAUCUGACCUGUGAACAAGUCUUGAAUAAAUUAUUAAUAAAGCAACAAAGCCAGAAAUCAUGUUUUCAAACAAGUUUACACAAAAUAAUUAUUUGAUGCAUUAACAUUUGUUCUUUGCCCUGUUUUGCCCCAAUAUUUAAAAACCAGUGAUUUCUAAAUUUUUACAUUUAAGUUAUAAAAUUGUAUUUUUUUUAUUCUGUGAAACAAUGUUUUCUGCUCCGUUUAGUGAACAUCUGUCAUAUUCAUCUGAGUACGAGUCCCCUCAUGAGUCUAGAGGACUAAAAUGUCAUGCUCUCCAAUAAAUGGAUAAACUGCAGCCAGGACUACCUUGUUAAACCAUUUUUGCACUAAUGCCUGUUCUCUGGUGACUGUAAAAAGAAGGGAAAAAAAUCAUCCGAAUGGAUGUUCUGUUUAUAAUGAACAUAUUUCAUACGAAAUACUGAUAGUCCAUGAAAUGUCUUCCCAGAACAUGAUGCAUUUCUUAUGGUUCUCAAUAACAUUGUCCCUUCUUGUGACAUUAUGUCAUUCUGUAAGAGAUGGCCUAUCUGUCAAGCGGAGUAUAAAAACCUACAAGGGGGAUUUUUUUUUUUUUUUUGGUAAAGUCUAUCAUAUUUAAAAAAAGAAAUUCCCCGUUUGUGUAGUUGUGCUGUUAAAUGUUUUAGUGUACUAAAUCCCUUCCUUGGGGAUUGUGUAACUUUUUAAGACAAUAAAAUAACAUGACAUGUUUCAUUUAA